UUCCUGUAUAGACAAUGCAGGAAAUGCAGUGAAGCGUGCAUUGCAUGCUGGGAGGGAGACGCGAUAGUUGCGCUCCGACACUGAUAUAGUCGCGAGUACCACGAGUGAGAGUUUUGCCAUUUCAUUGGAAGGGUGUUGUUAUAUUUUUGUGGAUACCAGUAUUAAUGUGUGUCCGAGUUGUGAGCGAUGUUCCAGGACGGCUGUGACGGAGGAACUGCCGUGUUUUGUUUGUUCUUUUCACCGAGGACUCCGAUUGGUUUGUUGGCUGGAUCCAUAUUGAUUUGGACAGCGUUGACAUUGAACAGGGAUCGAGGGGGGAUACUCCACCCAUACUCCACACACACACACACACACACACACACACACACACACACACACUGCCAGGGUAGACUACAUAUUGACAGACUUGGACUUGAAUCGCAACGGACAUUGGACUGACUUAAUGAAACCUUGAACUGUGAGAACUUUUCUACAUUGAACUCUGAACUUGAGAACAGCUACAAGCUGAAAAGUGGACGCUUUAUUUUGGUUUGUUAUUUUCUUUUAUUGUUUUGAAGGGGAUUUGAAACAGAUUCUUCUUUUGUUUGUGUAAAUAAAUUUGUAUGCUUAUCUUGUACUUAUCGUCCCUCGCUCCUUGAGUCGAACCAGUAACUAACUUACUAGGUUACAUACACUCCAGGUGGUACAGGAGGAGUAAUACACAAGUAUUACACACUACCCCGCUACAUAUGUUUAAUAUUAUAGCUUAAUUUCUGUACAUAUUCUACGUUUCUUCUCUUUAAUAUAGAAACCACCUUCACAUGGCAGUAUCCUAAUCCACCUGCAAUAAAUGAGUGGCAUGUCAAUCAGAGUGUGGAGGACAAGAAUCCAGACUGUAGUUCAUUUGUGGUACCUUUUGCAUAUUAACGAAACUUUCACAUUCAGUCUGGCAGCCAGUAACAAUCAAGAAAAAAGAAAAAACGGUUAACAGGUAUACGAACAAACCCCCACCCAAUGCUUCCCCAACUGAAGCAGAGCUCCCCAGCAGUGUGUUCCUGGCUGCUGACCUUAGUUUAGCAUGUUAGAAUGCCCAUGCUAACACUUGCUAAUUUAGCACGAAACAGAAAGCACAGCUGAGGCUGAUAUGGGGAUGUCAGUAGUGUUGCAGGUAGGAGGUCCUAAACCAGUGAUGCCAUGGUUACGGCCCGCGGGCCGGACCCGGCCCGAUUGAACAUCACAUCCGGCCCGUGGGUUGAUAUGGGAGAGCAUUUUUUUUUUUUAAAUCUAAUGUUUUAUUUUUAUUUUAAUUUUCGUGGAACCCGUCAGUUGCAUAGACUGUUAAAAAAAAAAAAAAAAAAAAAAAAAAGGUCAGUUGGUCUGUUGCUGCUUCCCGCCUCAGCUGCUACAGCGUAUACUGACCGGGAUACCUAGUAUGCUGACGGCUAAGGUAGACUAGUCGCUAUUAACAAUGUUGUCAAAAAAGAGGAAGGUCGACACUGAAGGUCGCAUCUUUCAGGAGAGAUGGAAAGAAAAUUAUUUAUUUUGGGAAGUAGGAGGCAAACCCGUGUGUCUUAUUUGUUCUCAACAAGUGGCUGUAGCAAAGGAGUACAAUUUCAAAAGACACUAUGAGACCCAUGCCGAGAAGUACAGCGAGUACACAGGGCAGCGGAGGACUCAAAAGCUAAACGAGCUAGCAUCAUCCCUACAGAAACAGCAAGCCAUAUUCUCCAAAUGUCGAGAUACACAUGAAGGGGCAGUGAAGGCAAGCUACAUCAUCGCUUGGGAAAUUGCUAUGGCAUCCAAGUCUUUCUCAGAGGGUGCAUUCGUCAAGACCUGCAUGCUAAAGGCAGCCGAGCUAGUGUGUCCUGACAAGCAACAAGCUUUAGCUAACAUAAGCUUAUCGAGACCCACAGUGACGGAGAGAGUUGAGGAACUUUCUGGUGAUUUGAAGAGUCAACUAAAAGACAAAGUUAAGUCCUUCAUCACAUUCUCUAUUGCUCUCGACGAGAGCACUGACGUGACUGAUGUAGCCCAAUUAGCGAUAUUUAUUCGCGGAGUAGAUGCUUCCCUGAAUGUCACUGAGGAGUUUGUUUCAGUUGUGCCAAUGACAGACACCACCACAGCUAAUGACGUGUUUGUGAGCCUUGUCGGGGCUCUGGACAAUCUGGAGGUUACUGGAGUCGCGCUGUCAGUGUGGCUACCGACGGUGCACCUUCUAUGAUAGGAAGAAAGGCCGGAGUGGUUGUGAAGUUGAGAGAAAAGGUACAUGCGGCUAAUCCAGAGCAAGUAUUCUGGAACUUUCACUGUAUACUGCAUCAAGAGGCUUUGUGCUGCAGGAGUCUGAAAAUGGACCAUGUUAUGAGUGUUGUUAUUGAGGAUACAGAGGACUUAACCAUAGGCAAUUUGACACUUUUUUAUUGGACAAUGACAUUCAUCAUGGCCUUCCCUAUCACACCGAUGUGCGUUGGUUGAGCCGAGGCGUAAUGCUCAAACAUUUCUACAAAUUACGCACAGAGAUAGCCGAGUUCAUGCAGAGUAAAGGGAAGCCUGUGGUGGAAUUGGACGACCCAGAAUGGACCAGGGACGUUGCCUUUUUAGUGGACAUUACCGAACCUAAAUGUCCUGAAUGUUAGCAUGCAAGGCCGCAACAAACACGUCACGGAGUAUUACGAUAGUGUCCGUGCGUUUCAAAGUAAACUUGCGUUAUGGAAGACGCAGCUCUGCAAGCGCGAUGCAGCCCACUUCCCCUGUCUAAAAACUCUGCCUGACAAUCAUCAGAGUAUGGACAAGUAUGCAAACCUUCUUUCCGGACUCAUGGAUGAGUUUGACAAUCGAUUCACGGUUUUCACUGAACUGGAAAAGGACUUUGCGCUUUUUCGCUCUCCAUCCACGACGGACGCUUCCGAGGUCCCAGAGCCGAUGCAAAUGGAGCUGAUAGAGCUGCAGUGUUGCACGCUGUUGAAGGACAAGUACGCAUCUGUUGCAAUCCAAUCAUUCUACAGAUCCUUGCCACCAGAAUACCCAGUUAUCACGGCCUUUGAGGGUAAAAUACUUUGCAUGUUCGGGACAACAUAUUUAUGUGAGCAGGCCUUUUCCGUGAUGAAUAUUAAUAAAUCCAAAGUGCGUAAUCGCCUGACACACGGACAUCUCAAUGAUGUUCUGAAAAUAGCGACUGCCCAGAACCCCCCGAUAUGGACAAGCUGGUUAAAGUUAAAAGGUGUCUGGCUUCGACAAGUAAAAUGUAGCUGCAGGCUUGUCUCCCCAUUUAUCAUAACUGAUAUGGGUGGGAGGGAAUAAAAGGGGUUGGGGUUGACUAAUGUAGGCUGUACAGUAGUCUAGUGCUGGUUGUAUAGAAAUGUGGGUUGGAGUUUAAAGUUACUGAUGAUGCCUGGCAAAGUUAAUGUGCCAUCUGCCAAUGUAUGUUUAAGAUAGGUCAUAUUUCAUUUUUUAAGAACCUUUUUGUUUUACUUAUUCCUACCGGAUAUUCAGUGCCUAUUGUUGGAUUACUUUAUUCUGGCACUUACUUUCUGUGACUCUUUCUGUGGCCUAGUUAUGCAUUGGCAUGUUUUCAUGUG